ACUACACACUGUCUCUCUGAUGUGAUUGGUUGAGGAGGCGGGACUUCCGACAGCGCAGGUUGGACAUAAAGUGACAGACUUCACCUCCUUAAAAUUGGAAGAAAAACCGAAGGACGACGCGUUACAAGUUUUAAAACAAUUGUAAUGCUUUUCAGACAUGGAUGACAUAAACCUUCAUUAUCGCUUUCUGAACUGGAGGAGGCGAAUUAGAGAAAUUCGUGAAGUGCGAGCGGUGCGAUACCGGGAGCGGCUCAAAAGGAUGCUGAGAGACGGAGACAUACUCAGGUAUCAUGGGAAUUCAGAUGAAGUUGGAUGUUUUGUGGCGGCCAGGCCGUUGUCGAGAAGAAAUCGCUAUUAUGAAGUGACCAUCAUCGAUACAGGAGUGAGGGGAAUGAUUGCUGUUGGUUUGGUUCCUCAGUUGUACAAGCUGGACCAUCAGCCGGGCUGGCUCCCACAUUCUGUGGCUUUUCAUGCUGAUGAUGGCAAGCUGUAUAAUGGCAACACUGUAGGACAGCAGUUUGGUCCAAAAUGCUGCAGAGGUGACAGAAUCGGCUGUGGAAUAUCCCUGGACUCUGAUGAUGGACAGUUAACAGUGUUUUUUACCAAGAAUGGCAAGGAAGUUGGCAGUGUGGAAAUCCCAGCAUCUCCUGAUGCUCUCUACCCUGCUGUGGGAAUGCACUCUCUGGGGGAAGAAGUGCUGCUGGACCUGAACGCUGAAUGGGGGAUGGAGGAGGAUGAUGGACAGAUGAUAGUGGAUAGUCAUGAAGAGGACUGGAGCCGUCUCCAUGACGUCAAGGUGACCGGAAUGCUCCUGGAGUACGUGGGUAAAGGGAAGAGCAUCGUGGACGUGGGCUUGGCUCAGGCCCGACGGCCUCUCAACACACGCUUCCACUACUAUGAACUGGAGAUCACAGAUGCUGGAGAGAAGUGUUACAUAGCCCUGGGGCUGGCACGCAGGGACUAUCCCAAAAACAGACAUCCAGGUUGGAGCAGAGGGUCCAUAGCCUAUCAUGCAGAUGAUGGAAAAUUGUUCCAGGGCAGCGGGGUCGGGGACCCCUUUGGACCACGCUGCUUUGAAGGGGACAUUAUGGGCUGUGGGAUCAUGUUUCCACGCGACUACAGCCUUGAUGGUGGAGAUGACGUGGAUGACUGGGACUUCGAUGUGCUUCCCAAGCCCAGUGAGGUUCAGAAUGACUUGUAUGCAAGCAAUGAAGAUGAGGAGGAUGAGGGAGAAGAUUUAGAUGGGAGAAAGGUCAUGGUGUUCUUCACCAGAAAUGGAAAGGUGGUGGGCCGGAGGGAAGUGGCCUUACCUGUAGGAGGCUUGUACCCCACGAUUGGCAUGAUGAGCACUGGGGAGAAGGUCAGAGUAGACCUGCGCCCCCUCAGUGGCUGAGCAGAGUGGAGGAAAUGAAAACCGAGGGGUGAAAUCAGAGCAAGGGCGAAUGAUUGAGCUCUGGUACAUUUUGGAGAUCGGACAAUAAAUAAUACCUCCAAGAUGUUACUUGAAAAGUCAACUCCAGUGUAGGGGGUGACUGUGGCUCCCUCAUUCUGUAAGAAUGAUCAAAAUAAUGCACGUUAAUAUUACAUGCGUGCCUCAAAGACGUGCUUCAUAAUGAAAUGGUUUUACAGGAAAUUGUUAAACCAGGGGUUUGUUAGGGUAAAACACUAUUUUUGACAAUUUCAUCACACAAAGUAAAGUUAAUAAAAUAACAUAGAAUGCCAAAAAAGGGGGUCUCACCAGAAUGAUGAAUAUAAAAAUCCAAUCAGAGCCCAGCUAACAAGUGGACCCUCUUAUCAGCAAUAAAAAAUGUCAGCAGAUAUGUAGCGCCUCUCUCACAGCCUGCAGCCAUACUGUGCUCAUUACCGGAGGUCUGCUGUACUUCUUUCUAUUGGUGGUGUGUUACUGACACUCAGUGGUGAGAGUCUGAAAAAAUUAUGUUCAGAAAGUCUUCCAAAAAAAAGUAGUGCACUGAAAGAACAGUGAGUUUACUUUGUGAGGCAAAGUCAUUAAAACUAGCUGCUUUAUGGCUGUGGUUCUGUACGAGUGUGGGUGCUUGUUCUGACAUGGAGUCAUUACGGCAUAUUUUCUGCCAACCGUGCAAACCGCAUGGGCAUUAGGACUUAGGAACAAUUUGUUGAAAUGAAAUGAAAUCCAAACCAUCAUUUAAUUGUUAUAUUGGAUUAAGCACUUUUAAAAGCAAAAAUUCCAAAUCAUGUUUUUAUAUCAUGACUAACUGUUGUCCUUUUUUAAUCAGGUAUGAUUUUAACCUAAUUGUAGUUGAUGUACUGUUCUUAAAUACAGUCAUCUUUGGGAUAAGCAUUUGUGACAGUGAAACCAAAAUAAUGUCAGAGGAAGAACACCAAACAGAUUUAGACCAACAUUUACUGAGGUGACAGUAUGAGUGUGUUGAAAUAUAAAUAUCAGUUGAUAUUGCUUUGAAUGUGUUUUUCCAGUAUACAGAUAAUUGGUGUCCAUGUGUACCUACACACACAUACUUUGAGCAUGUAUCUUACAGUUUGCCUUACACACACACAAACUGUCAAACAAAACAAAAAUUACUGAUCUCUGUAUUUAAGUUAGCGAAAGUAACUUGCAAGCCAAACUCAAUAGAGCCUUUAAAUAAAUUGAACUUCACAGAAGAAAAGACACAUUUGAAGUCAUAAUAUUGAAUGUAUUUUCUGUGGAUCAUGAGGUAUUUUGGAUGAAAUAGCAAAUGUCGGAAAAAGGGAAACCCGUGAAGAGCAAUUCUCUUGAAUAUUAAACCCUGUCAUGACAAGAAUAAUUGAGGUCUAAACAUGGUAUAGUGGUAAAUUUGUUAUAAGUGCAACAUUUUAAUAUUUUACUAAAGAUCUGAAUGUUGAAAAAGAAGCCAUACUGUAACUAAUAUUUGCUGCUCUCAGGUAUAUUUGAAAAUCCAAAUUAAAUACCUUGUCUUUUCUAUAGUUAUAUUUUGUGAGUUUGGUGUAUGUUGAAAUCAACCAUUGAUUGCCACAGACCUGUAUUGCAUUGCAUUGCAUUUUUUUAAAUGUUUUUUGUUUGUGACCAAACUCAGUUAUUGUUUUCCUAAUGAAUCUAUCUUUUUGAAAUUGAAAACUGUUAAAGUAGAAGACUUUGACUGUUUCCCCCCUGACUCUUUACAAUGGUAAAGUUAUAGUUAAAUAGUAAAAGGUUUUCUUUUUACACUCAACACCUACCUUUUACCAAAUAAAGGCGCUGCUUCUGGUAUAUUUUAUACUACACUUACAACAGGUUUCUCUGCAGAUGUCUGUGCUACAAGUUGUGAGAUAUUCAUAAAAAUAUAACAAUUAAUUGCUGACAACAACUGCAACUUUUAGAGGGUUUUAACUUUUGCCUGCAAUACUGUUUAUUAUUGUUUUAUUUUUAUUUUUUGUAAAUCUGACAUAAACAGAUAUAAGAACUUCAUUGAUGUUGUAAGUAGGCUUUACAACCAGAGUGCUUUUAAACAUUUGACCUGAUGAGCAAAGUGCCUGUGUAAAUAGGUCCAGUCUGGACCCUGAUGCACCAGGUAAUGGGAUUCAGGUGUGUGUGUGUGUUGGAAAUGUUCAACUGGACAUUGGUUUAUACUGACUCUCAAGUUUGUGGAACCACAUUCACACUGAAAACCUCCUUCUACACCUGAUCCCAAAGGUGUCACACAUCUGUAGACUCUGCAGGUCACUGAAAAGAUCUAAGAACCUUGUUGGAUCCAUGUUGGACUCCGUACUCUGCUGGGAUAUUCAUUUGAAUAAGGAUUAAUUGCAUCCAUGAAGUGUCUCCCUGGUCUCUAUUUCAAAGACUCUGGUGUUCAUGUGAUACUCAACUGCUGCUAAUUGUGUGCCGAGGAAACACUGUGCACAUCAUCAUAUCAGCCUGUACUGUAGAGCGGGUGUACUCACAUUUGGUUUUUCACUUUUCACUAUCAUCAUCUAGUUUUCGUGAUUCAUCAAAUUACUUCACAGGAGCUGAUAAAGGUCAUCUGCUGCUGUUAGACAUCUGCCACACGCUGUUAAUAUUCAUAUACUUUAUCUUUUGUGUAAUUAAUCAUUAAUGAAGUUGAAUCAGGGCAUCUUUCUCUCAAUCCAGCCCUUGUGUACAUCCUGUCAUGUAUGUUUUUGUUUCACCUUGACUUUUCUUUUGUCUCUUUCCACUUAAAGCAAUCGGAUAAACAUGCCAAAAAUAAUAAAUAAUAUAAAAAAAUA